AUGACACCUUCGGAAAUUGCAAACAACGCUCUCCAGGCUACACUCGAGACUGUACAAUCGCUGAUGAAGCGUUGUUUGAAAUUAAAGGAAAGUGAUCCAGGCACACUGAUGUUAUCGGAUGAGAUCGCCAGACGCCUGGCAAAAGAUUUAAAGCUUUAUGGGGGGAGCGCUACAUCGUUCUCCCCUAAGCUGCUAUCCUGUGCCGCCGUAGUAUGGGAGCACUCCAAGGCCGGCAUCUUUGUGUCAUUGCCCGACUGGAAGACCGUCAUAGACGACGACCCACGCAUUAAGAGUCACCCGCGGUUCCACAAGACUGUGGACUACCGCCCCUCCACCUUUGCUGAACCCCAACUGACCACGGCGACGGCGGAGUCCACGGUAAAGACUCUUUCGGAAUCGAUCAGACCCCCUCGGCUCGGCUCAUGGAAGGCGACGCAACCAGCUCCAUUGGCUGGUAAUGAAGUGCUACCAAGAACGCCCAGGUUACAAACCCCGGGGGUUCCGGUUACAGAACUCAUGAGAUCAGACAUCCGAAGCAAUGCCAUCCCCCCAUUGGUAUUCCCGCCACCGACCUGCCUGCCACGUUCCAUCGCCCCUGCGAUGGUGAGACACGGUAUCCAUGCGGCUGGAAGCAUGAAGACAGAGACAACCGCACAGCCCAGGAAGAGGAAAAGGAAAGUGGAAGAGAGCGACAAUGACGGCAAAGAAGCGGAGGUAGUUCAUGGAUGCACACCAACUCCCGUUUCCCGGAAGCCGAUUCACAAACGGAAGAAGAAGUAUAUGUUGGAUGAAGGAGACACCGGGGACACCGGCACCACCCAUGUUAAGCACAAGACGGUGUCGGUAAAGACAUUCAAUGCUGGGGCUCCUGAUGCCAUAUCAGCCGACACGUCCGCAACAGAUUUGGUGAACGACAAAGGUUUUUGGGACGAAAAACCUAGGCCUGUCGGAUGGGGUUUGGAUUCCAACAUCGCCACAACGAUGGAGGUAGGCAAGCAAGCAAAUAUUUCCGUGCGCUACCACCCACGGCAAUGUGACAAAUGUGUCAAGUUGAAGGUUCCUUGCAUAGUUCUCCCGGACAAGAAGCCCGGAUGCAUCAGACUAGUUUGUGCCUCUCGUGUGGCUCAGACUGUUACCGUGGACGACCCGCCAAACGAGCAACCUACCAACUCAAGGCCUAAGCAUCCAGCUCUGCUAGUGCACCAAAACAUCCAGACGUCCGACCCUUCCAAACAAUCGGAAAUAGGACUCCCUGAAAUCAUUUCAAUUCCGGCUCCAUUGCAGCCACCAGGACCCACCAAUCUCCCGGUUCCUGAACCCAGCGGAACAGACAUCUUGCGGAGCAUCCAGGACCUUGGCAGGAGAUUCGAUCUCCUUGCAACCAAUGAGCGGGUGGAUGCAUUGGAUGCAAGGGUUGAUUCGGUGGAGGACAGGUUUGGAUGGAGGCUGAUGGUGCUGGAGAACCAGAUCACUGCCUUGGAUGCGCGUUGGCAGUUGGUCGCAUCGUCGAUGGAUAAUCUGUCAAUGUCCUUGCAAAUCCAUAAGGACGAUCCGGCCGCUCACCGUCCUGGCUCCUCCAACCGCACCAAAUAUGCGCCGCAAAAUGCCCCCGUGGAUGAACGCCUGGGAAUCUCGACCGUCGGUAGGGAACGCAACCAUGAAUGCAAUUAG